AUGGCAGCAGGCAAUGCGACGUCACAAGCAGCAACAACGACAACAGCAGCAGCAGCAGCAGCAGCAGCAGCAGCAGAUGAGUUGCUGGACAUACGUUUUGCAACAAACAGACUACAGUGGUACAGAGCACCUGAGUUGAUUCUGUUGGCGGAGAAUUACACAGAGGCGAUUGACGUUUGGUCUAUCGGCUGCAUUUUCUCAGAGUUGUUGUCGAUGAUUGAGGAAAACGUCGAGUCGCACUGCGACAGAGGACCGCUCUUUCCGGGUUCCUCUUGCUUUCCCCUCUCCCCCGACCAGAAGAACGGAGAUGAUUCAAGGCUGCAGACGCGCGGCAACAAGGACCAAUUAAAUGUAAUUUUCAACGUCUUAGGGACUCCAACAGAAGAAGAAAUCGAAGCGCUCGAGUCAAACGAGGCCAAGCAAUACAUCCGCACAUUUCCCCCUAAAGAGGCUCACGACUUGGCCGAACGAUUUUCUGCUUCAUCCCCUGAAGCAUUGAACCUGCUGAAGCGGAUGUUGGUGUUCAACCCCAAACGACGUAUUUCCGUAGACGAAUGUUUGGCGCAUCCGUUCUUUAAAGAAGUGCGAAAUCCCGCAAUCGAGGUCACAGCCAACGAGAAAGUGCGGCUGCCGUUCAACGACUGGGCCAAUAUGGAUGAGCCUCAGCUGCGCAGCAGCAGCGGCAGCAGCAACAGCAGCAGCAAUGCAGCUGCCGAAGACCCUUUUAGAGAGGGCGAAGAUGUGCUCCUAAAGGCAUUCAGUCCGCCGCUGCAACCGCGCAGACUGCUGCUGCUGCUGCUGCUGUAUUCUGCAGCAGCAGCAGCAGCAGCAGCAACAGCAGCAGCAGCAACAGCAGCUGCAGCAGUAGCAGCUGCAGCACCAGCUGCAGCAGCAGCAGCGCUCGUGGGAUUUUCAGCUGCAGCGUGGAGGCCUGUUUGGAGGUGUAAGGCGGACUACGGGAAAUGCGACCAAGACGUGCACGGCGUUGGCAGCAGAGUUUAUUCCUCUCUUUACAUAUAA